UUUCAGACAUUGAUGACUGUGCUGAGAAGCCCUGUAAAAAUGAUGCUACAUGUAUUGACUUGGUGGCCUCAUAUAGAUGCAUAUGCCUGCCAGGGUUUACUGGGAAAGACUGUGAAACGAAUAUAGACGACUGCUAUUCAGAUCCAUGUGUCAAUGAUGGAAACUGUACUGAUCUGGUUCUGGAUUACACAUGCACUUGUCCAUCAGGGUAUACUGGGAAAAACUGUGAAACUGACAUUGAUGACUGUGCUGAGAAGCCCUGUAAAAAUGAUGCUUCAUGCACUGACUUGGUGGCCUCAUAUAGAUGCAUAUGUCUGCCAGGUUUUACUGGGAAAGACUGUGAAACGAAUAUAGACGACUGCAAUUCAGAUCCAUGUGUCAAUGAUGGAAACUGUACUGAUCUGGUUCUGGAUUACACAUGCACUUGUCCAGCAGGGUAUACAGGGAAAAACUGUGAAACUGACAUUGAUGACUGUGCUGAGAAGCCCUGCAAAAAUGAUGCUACAUGUAUUGACUUGGUGGCCUCAUAUAGAUGCAUAUGUCUGCCAGGUUUUACUGGGAAAGACUGUGAAACGAAUAUAGAUGACUGCAAUUCAGAUCCAUGUGUCAAUGAUGGAAACUGUACUGAUCUGGUUCUGGAUUACACAUGCACUUGUCCAGCAGGGUAUACAGGGAAAAACUGUGAAACUGACAUUGAUGACUGUGCUGAGAAGCCCUGUAAAAAUGAUGCUACAUGUAUUGACUUGGUGGCCUCAUAUAGAUGCAUAUGUCUGCCAGGUUUUAGUGGGAAAGACUGUGAAAUGAGUGUGAAUAGACUUACUGAAAUUCAGAUUAGGGGUGUUGUUGCGAUCCACAUCGACUUGCAACGCCAUGAUAUCAACCAGUGCACCGCACAUGGGGAUUUCUUUAGUGGAACUAACCGAUGUCAACCGGAAACCACCAAGUGCAUUCCUAUCCCCGGGCGGGGGUUUAGUGUGGGAGCGUACAAGUGCCAAUGUAAGAAGGGAUACUACUUCCCCAACAUUACUGCCAACGUCUCCUAUUUUGACGGGCUGGAAAUGGAGAGAGUUUACUUCAGUGACCUUCAAAAAAACAAGAACUCCAGCUUUAGUGAGGAGUUCCAGUGUCUUCCAUGCAAGAGAGGUUGUGACCAAUGCGUUGACGACAGUCCCUGUCUUGUAGAAUAUGACUUCCGGUUGAUGAGAGGCAUUCCGCUGGGAAUACAGAGCUUCUGUAUGACGAUUGUUCUUAUAAUUGGCAUUGUUAUUAUUCGCAUACGAAAGAAGAAGGCCAUUAAAGUAAGCAUGUGGAUCAUGUUGGAAAUCAUCUUGUUUGGAGCCCUACUUAUGUACACUUCGGUGGUUGUUCAAUACUUUGAGCCUACGACUCUGACCUGUAUAUUGGUCCCGUGGUUUAGAGAAGUAGGAUUUGCUAUAGUAUUUGGGGCACUUAUUUUGAAAAUUUACAGGUUUCUUGCAGAGUUUCAGACGCGGAGGGCCAGACGAGUCCAUAUACGAGACAAAGACUUACUUAAGUACCUUUUAGGGCUGGUGAUAAUUGUAUUAGGGUAUAUGUGCGCGUGGACUGCGGCUAAUUUCCAGCAUGAGCACGACGGCAGCUCUCUGACGGAAAUGGGGAUGAUUGCUGAAGGAACACAGUUCGUCGUCUGCAAAUCGCAUUGGUGGGAUUAUAUUAUUGAAGUCGCGGAGUUUCUAUUCCUAUGUUGUGGAAUCUACCUCUGCUACUGUAUACGUAGUGCACCAUCACUGUUUGCAGAGACCAGAUACAUCUCCUGGGCCAUUUAUAACGAAACCGUCAUCUCAGCCAUACUACAUGUAGCCAGACACUUUUUGUUAACGAUCCUGCAUCCUGACUAUAUGUUCCUCAUGUACUUCCUCCGCUGCCAUCUAACGGUGUCCGUGACUCUGGUGCUGGUCUUCGGGCCAAAGCUUUGGUACACUCAUCGACCACCUAAGACGGACUUCAGGGGCAGGGCGUUCUCAGACGUCGAUGAAAUCACCAAGCUCCGAAUGGGUCUGACUCUUAACGGAGAGGUGACGGACAUGAACAUUGCAGAGAUGGAUCCAGAAGAGAUAAAGGGAGAAUUAAAGAGACUUUACACCCAGCUGCAAAUCUUUAAAACAAAAUCUAUGCGAAAAGACAAUCCUCAUAUAUCGAAGCGCAGAGGCGGAAGAAAGCCGACUCAUAGACGUUUUUCUUUGCAACCUUUCGCACACCAUCACAAACAUUCUCGACAUCGUGAUCACGAGCACGAGUAUGAAAUGUCAAGGACACCGGAAGAAUCUACGAACAGUGCCGAAGGAAUCACGAUUAUAGUCGAAGACACCACAAACGGUGAACACGACGAAGCACAAUCCACGUCUCACCAAGCACAAUGUCUUCAAAAGGAAUCUUCUCCUGGUCCCACUGUAACAUUCAAACCAGGAACCAAGAGGUGUUGAGGAUGAUUUAAAACAU